CCGUUCACAUGCUCGGACUGUGGGAAGGGAUUCACAUUGUCAACUCACCUACUGAGACACCAUUCAGUUCACACUGGUGAGAGGCCGUUCACCUGCUCAGACUGUGGGAAAAGAUUCACUUUGUCAUCUCAACUUAAGGUACAUCAGCGGGUUCACACUGGGGAGAGGCCGUUCACUUGCUCAGACUGUGGGAAGGGAUUCACUCAGUCAUCCUACCUACAAGCACACCAGUCAGUUCACACUGGGGAGAGGCCAUUCGCCUGCUCGGACUGUGGGAAAGGAUUCACUUCAUCAUCUCAAUUUAAGGUACAUCAGCGAGUUCACACUGGGGAGAGGCCGUUCACCUGCUCAGAAUGUGGGAAAGGAUUCAGUUCAUCAUCUAACCUCAAAGUGCAUCAGCGAGUUCACACUGGGGUGAGGCCGUUCACCUGCUCAGAAUGUGGGAAAGGAUUCAGUUCAUCAUCUAACCUCAAAGUGCAUCAGCGAGUUCACACUGGGGUGAGGCCGUUCACCUGCUCAGACUGUGGGAAGGGAUUCACUCAGUCAUCCAACCUACGGAGUCACCAGCGAAUUCACACUGGGGAGAAGCCGUUCAUCUGCUCAGACUGUGGGAAAGGAUUCAGUUCAUUAUCUAACCUUAAGGUUCUAAAAGCUUCCGAAUAG